CUUAUCGGCACCUGUGUGAUAAUUAGUUAUCACAUUGCUUUAACAUAUUUAAAUGGUUGUCAUUUCUAACUCCCCCUCUUUAAUCAAAAAACACAAUUUGUGUGCAGUUGAAAUUUUCAGCAGGAAUCCUAUUUUUUAUUCCUGAAAAUAAUGGUAACUUGUCGCAGUUUUCUGGAAGCUGUAUUUUCUUAUGAAACUCCAAAAAUAGUAAAUAUAAAAAAUCUUUUGAUUGGAGUUAUCAGUCGCAUUUUUCAGCUAGCUAUUAUUGGCUACAUUAUUGGUUAUGUUUUGGUAUACAAGAAAGGGUAUCAGGACUUCAGUGAGGUUGAAAGCUCCGUUACCACAAAGGUAAAGGGUGUGGUCUUCACAAAUUUCUCAGACGAAUCAUUCAAUCCAGAGGUACAGCAUCCAGAAUGGUAUCGUAGAAUUUGGGAUGUGGCGGACUUUGUGGUACCACCCUCGGAGAAUGGAGCCACCUUCAUUGCUACCAAUAUUAUAAUAACUCCUAAUCAAACUCAGGGAACAUGUGGAGAGGAUCCCGAUGUGCCAGGUGCCCUCUGCGAUCCAAAGAAUAAUGCUUGUAUUAAGGGUCAAGCACUUCCCACUGGAAAUGGAGUUAUGACUGGCCGUUGUAAGGACUUCAACAAUAGGACUGGCAAUUACACUUGUGAAAUACGCGCUUGGUGCCCCUUAGAAGAUGAUAUUCUUCCAUUGAGGAACAAAUCUGCCUUAUUGGAAGCAAGUCAAGAUUUCACUAUUUUAAUCAAAAAUUUUGUGAACUUCCCAAAGUUUGCAGACUCAAACAGGCGCAAUAUCAAGGACACGUCAAACAGUUCCUAUUUACAGUCUUGCCACUACGAUCCGGAUUACAAUCAAGAGUGUCCUGUCUUCCGGUUGGGUGACAUUGUUCGAUGGAGCGGGCAGGAAGAUUACAACUCUAUUGCUUCACAGGGUGGUGUCAUUGCUGUGAUCAUAAAAUGGGAUUGUAAUCUCGAUUUUAACAAGAAAUACUGCUUUCCCAAAUAUGAGUUCAGUCGAUUGGAUGACCCGAAUGUGAAAAUAUCUCCUGGUUGGAAUUUCAGGUACGCAAAUUAUUAUUCUGACAAUACUCGAACACUGUAUAAGAUGUAUGGCAUUCGGCUGUCUAUCAGUGUUGUAGGCCAAGCAGGAAAGUUUCGCAUUGUGCCCCUGCUGACCAAUGUGGGAGCUGGUCUUGGUUUAUUAGCUGUGGUGGUAGUUAUUUGUGACAUCAUUGUGCUCUACCUGGCCAAGCGUCGGCUGUACUUCAAGUCCAAGAAAUAUGAAGAAGUGGACCCUGAUGAGGAAUGCGUUCCCAUUGUGCCUGAAAUCUGUGUUUCAACGGUUUCAAAAAAGCGAGACACAGGAGAUGGGUACGAAAGCUUGAGAAACUGAAUCACAAGUUUUGACUGCAAUCAAUUGUAAAUACUGACAAUUUUAAUCUGUGAUACAUAUUGCUUCUGUUAUUUUUAUGAAAAAUAAAAUAUACAAUUUAAUUUAGCCUCUUCUGAAGAAUAAAAACCAAUUCAUGUAUUGGCUUGUGUGCAAUAACAAAUCCAAUACUCGUUAGGCACAUAUUGCAUGCCAUGUAUUUCAGUUGCA